AUGUCCGGAACUCCAAGCAGCUCCCGCCGCUCGCGCCCUACGCUUCGUCAGGCAACAUUCGUCCUCCCUAAAACGGGCCAGCGUCUAAAAGGCCUCGUGAAUCUGCGCAACGCGGUGGCUGCCUCCGCCGAGAAUGAUGACGAAAGACGCGGCCUCCUCACAAACGAAAUCUCCAGCCAUUAUGAAGGGUACUUUGCGGCACUAUCACGCCGAAUAAAAGAUGCAGGGAGUCAGGUGAAUCAGUUCGCCAGAUCUGAAGCGGGUAUUGGGGUCUUGAAGUACAGUCUCGCGUACUUCCUGGGAUCGUUGGCGACGUUCAUUCCCGCGAUCUCGUCUCUGCUGGGACACCAGGAUGGAAAACAUAUGGUGGCAACGGUCACUGUCUACUUUCACCCCGCAAGAUCCCAGGGUGGGAUGUUGAAGGCAUUGAUCUGCGCGUUUUUGGCGUUUUGCUACUCGGCGUUCCUGACCAUUACCAGCAUGUUCGUGGAGAUGUUUUUCCAAGAUGUCUUGGAGCAGCCUGUCCUCGGUCAUGCUGUAGUCUUGAUUGUUUUCUGCGGCGGUGGACUUGGUUUUGUCGGCUGGACCAAGCAACGGCUCGGAGAUCCUUUGGUGAACGUUGCUUGCUCGUUGACUGCUUUGUCCACAAUCACCGUCUUGACUAAAGAGGGCGCCGUGCAAAAUGGUGACUUGUCACUCGCGAAGAUCUUCCAGGUCUUGAAGAUGGUACUCAUGGGCGUCGUAGCCGUCAUGGCUGUAUCGUUUUUCAUAUUUCCUAUAUCAGCACGAAGAAAAUUGCGUUCGAACCUUGUCACAGUGACCGAUACAUUGGCUAUCAUGAUGGCACUUAUCACUGAGAGUUUCUUGAGUGGUUCCGAGGAGGAGCUUUCUUCGGCGGAAUUCCUUGACGCGGAGGCUAGGCAUCGAAAGGCAUAUGGCCAGCUCGAUAGGCUUGUCCGAGAAGCUAAACUUGAGCAUUAUGUGGCUGGAACCGAAAAAGAAUACAGACUUGAGAAAAACCUGGUCCGCUGGGUGCAGGAUAUCACGCAUAACAUGGGAGGCUUGCGUAACGCGGCCUCUCUUCAGUUCAGCUUGAUCCGCGAAACCAUCGCCCGAGAGUCUGGGUCGCUGGAAGAAGAGAACGUACUCAUGAGCCAUCCGGAUUACUUCACGCCCCUUGAGCGCUCAUGGUCAUUUCCUGAAGGCUCAUUUCUGGAGCCUAUCGUUGAGCGGCCAGAAGAAGAAACAUCUCCAGGUGCCUCUUUGCGAAAUGCCAGUGCGGAAUCGACACCGAGGCCCACGCUUCUUCCAGCCGAUGUUUUUACUAUUUUCAUAUCUCACCUAGGCCCAUCAAUGCGGUCAUUGGCCUUCACACUUAAAGAGAUCUUUAAGGAGAUCCCAUUUGGACCUGCUCCGCACUACAAGGUGUCGGUGAACGGCCGAUUACGUAUCAGCCUUGAUCGGGCACUUGACCUCUAUAAAGAGUCGCGCGAGAAAACACUCACUUCCUUGUAUCAGCAGAAGGAAACUAUGAAACUGAAGACCCACGAGGCUGAGGCGGAUCUUGAAGAAGUAUCGGCCAGCUGCGGUCAUUUCAGCUUUUCUCUCCUGGAAUUCGGAGAACAGCUUAAAGAGAUGCUAGGUAUCUUGGACGAGCUGCAACUGGAAGUCGAAGAGCGCCCGAAUGGGCGAUCCUGGUCAUGGCUUAAAAUAUGGCGGUGGUCAACAACCGCCCAAGCUGCCAAAGCAAAGACUCUAGAUGAAGAGCCAGCCUCCAGACCUUCUAGCGCCCCUCCACUUCAUUCAAACAACCAUAAACAUGCUAGACAUGCAUCAGAUGGCCUCAUUGCACAUGACAGAGUGCCUGUAACAGUUCAAUCUAUGACCAAUACGCCCAAACAAGCAAUGAAGCAAAGACUUGGAUACCGGGUGUGGAAGUGCUUCGGUUUCUUCCGACGAGAUGACACAAAAUAUGCUAUCAAAGUUGGAGCUGGAGCUGCAAUCUAUGCCUUGCCUGCAUUUCUUCCUUCAACACGCCCUUUCUAUGGGCGUUGGCGAGGAGAAUGGGGUCUCUUAUCUUACAUGUUGGUUUGCUCCAUGACAAUCGGUGCCUCGAAUACGACAGGAUAUGCCCGAUUCCUCGGUACCUGUCUAGGUGCUGCUUGUGCCAUCGCAGCCUGGGAAAUCACCGCAGCAAACGUCUUUGCUCUUUCAUUCUUUGGUUUUUUGAUGGCCAUAUGGACCGGGUACAUCACGAUUGUCCGAGGAAACGGACCUAUGGGUCGGUUCAUCAUGCUUACCUACAAUCUCUCUGUGCUAUAUGCGUACUCCCUCGCCCAGAAAGAAGCGGCCAUGGACGAGGAUGAGGGUGGUUCCCAUCCAAUCAUGACUGAGAUUGCUCUUCAUCGAGUUGUUGCCGUGCUCUCUGGGUGUGUUUGGGGAAUUUUCAUCACCCGGAUGAUUUGGCCCAUCAGUGCAAGACGCAGGCUCAAAGAGAGCCUGAGUCUUCUUUGGCUGCACCUGAGUCUCGUUUGGAAACGUGACCCGCUAUCAUUGAUGGUUCAGGAAAAGAAGUCUGUUGUAUACAUGAGCCCAAGAGAGAAACUUGAGAUUGAAAGAUUUCUUGCUCGAUUGGAGUCUCUUCAAGGCGCCGCAAGUUCUGAGUUUGAAUUGAAGAGCGCAUUUCCCGCUAGCUCAUAUGCCAACAUUGUUCGGCGUACGCGCAGCAUGGUAAACUCUUUCCAUACUAUGAACAUUGAGUUGAUGAAGAAUGAUCCUUCCACUGAAGGCGAAAUCAGCCUUCUCCAGUAUACGGCAUUGGAACGACAGCAGCUGUCUGCUCGUGUCAGCCAUCUACUAUCAGUCAUUGCUUCUUCCAUGAAGCUCGAAUAUCCCUUGAGCGAUGUGCUUCCUAGCAUCGAACAUGCCCGGGACCGGCUACUUGCUCGCAUCUAUCGCUAUCGUUUAGAUUGCGAGGCCUCUCAGCAUACCACAGAUGAGGACUGCGCACUUUUAUAUGCAUAUGUUCUGGUCACGGGCCAAUUAUCAAACGAGAUCAUGGAGAUCAUUGCGGAGAUCGGGCGACUAUUUGGGGUAUUGAGUGAAGACGUAGUCCAACUAGCUUGA